GUUUAAAAUUAUUUUAAUUUGUUGUUAUUGUUAAUUAAUUAAUUUUCUCUACUAAAAACUAAUUUGUACUUAGCAGUAAUUAUGUCUGAAUAUGACAGAGGAAGGAGUCAUAAAAAGAAAUACAUUUCGAAGGAUCUUCCCAACAAUGUGGGCAGGAAUGUUAUCAAUAAAUAUAAUAAAACUAAUGAUGAGGAUGAGAAGGUAGAGAUAAAAAUUAAGCAACCAACAAUUCUUCUCAAGACUCGAGAUCAAGAAGAAAUUAGUUCCCCAAAGAAAAGCUCUAGGGAAAAUGAGUCAACUUCCAAUCAGACUGGAGCAUCAUCAAAUAUUGAGGCACAUUCUCUGCCAGAACUGAAAUAUAUGCAUAAAGCCAUAAAAUUCUUAGAUGAGGGAAUGCUCUUCACCGAUAAUCUACAAGAUUAUGUCAGGGAUAAUAGUGACUUCUUGGUCGUAGGAGUCAUAGGGCAACAAGGGGUAGGGAAAUCAUCUAUUUUGAAUGGUCUAGCAAACAACAAGAUCACAAAAGAAGUGUUGCAUGGAUUAUUUUCAAAUAAACCAAAAAAUAGAAAGGACUCGUUAUCUAGUAAAUUUUCAAAACUUGAUUUGGAUAAGGAAAGAAAUGAAUAUGAAAUAUUUCGAAAACAAAAUACUGAUGAUAUUGAGAGUGUCAGAAAUAGAACAAAUGGAAUAGAUAUUUUUAUAAGUGAUGAUAGGGUUAUCUACUUAGACUGCCAACCAUUUUCAUCCCUCGCGAUAAUGGAUGAUUUAGUAGAAAAUGAUAAUAAAAGAUCCAACUUAGUGAGCGAACUUGUUCAAUGUGAAAAUAGUGGAGAAAUCCAAGCACUUCAAAUUACAUCGUUUCUGAUGACAGUGUGCCACAUAUUUAUUGUUGUUCAAGAUUGGUUUUUUGAUAGCAAUACUUGCAGGUUUAUUCAAGCAUCAGAAAUGAUGAAACCCACAAUGACAAACUCAGACGAUGAGGUAUUUGAGUAUUUUCCACAUUUGUUAUUGGUACAUAAUCGAGCAACAGUCGAUGAUUUUUCUCCAUCCAAAUUCAAGAUUAUGCAAAAUAUGUACAAAUCGAUAUUCCUCAAAUCAAGGUUGAUUUUAAACAGUAAUUUAGGUAUUUCUUCGGGUAGAUUAGUGAAACAUUUAUCUCCAGAAAAUUGUGGUCCACCGCUGAACAUAUUUUUGGUACCUGAAUAUGAUGAAAAUGAAGGUGAGAUAUUCAGAGGUCAUCCUCCUAUCGAGGAAAUAUUUAAAAAAAUGAAAGCAAAUAUGUUUGGAGUCUCCAAGAAUCCUCUCACACACGUCCAGCUAACAGAAAAAACCUGGCUGAUUUAUUGCUCUAAAGUAUGGGAAAAUGUCAGAAAGAGUUCCUUUUUUGUCGAGUAUACCAAACUGAUGCCUUGAUUUCCACAAUUUCUUAAUUUUUCCUACUCUAAAAUGUGAUAAAGUUUCUUUUAAAACCAUUAUAUAAUUACCAUAUGAA